AUGGGUGUGACUUCAACCGUUGAUGGUGAGGUUGAGAGGGUAGCUAAGUGAGUACUGGAUCACGAGGUGUGAGUUGAGAAGUUUGUGUUUGUAGACGUCUUUUUUGCAGUCUCAUUUUCAUAGCACGCAUCGGCCUGGUCGGUCAUUUAUCGCGGCAGCCUACGCCUUGUGUGAGAGCUUGGGUAAUACGACCUUCAGUCCCGGUCCCGAAUGGGAGGAGACGGCGGGCGCCAGUGGGCAUAAGAAUAUAUUCUGUACAGAAUAACUGGAUAAGGAGUUGCGGAGAGUGGGGCAGCCGGACGAGGGCACGUCCAGCGCCGGAUGAGCGGCGUCCCCAAGUGACUGAGAGAAUGCGUCACAGCGUCUUAAGCCCGGACAUGUCUGACUCGGCCUUGAAUCUGAUUGGCCAGUUGAAGAACCGAGUGAGCGAAUGACAGGCAACCCUGGUGCGCACGUGCACACGCGCGAGAAAUCUAGCGUUGAGACAGGCGCUCGGAGUUGGACCACUACACACUUGCUAAUCUAUCGUACUGCGGCCAGCGAACCAACACCUAGAGCACCAGCGUACUUCUACUUCAGACGUCCACACCCCUCACGGACAUUCAGUCACCGCAUAGGUCCACUCGGCGACACGCGCCUUCAUACGAAGCUGCGAUAAACCGCUGCUCUAAGCCCUAUCAGCACACACAUCCUCACCACAUGCACCACAUACUAACCCCUCCCACAUCACCCACCGCGCGCACCAAGUCAGCACCUCUUACAUACGUGAAACGCGUGUUCUUCACUCCCUCCAUGUGUCAUCUAUGGCACAGAUACAUGUGAGGUCCGAGUAUACCACCCCUUUGCGCGCAAACCUGGUGUUGUGUCUUUGACCAGGUCAUGUGCGGCACGCGCGGAACAACCAUUUCGCCCUACCAGCCAGUGCGCCGAACCGAGACCGGCUUGGACAAUGGAGGAGAGGGAAGUGAUAUUAAGAUCGACUCUUCGCGCAUAUUCCCCGAUAAAGACAAAUCACAAUCAAUCACAGCACAUUAAAAGCCGGUGUCUGAAAUGUUGCCAGCCGACGAUCCAGCGCAGACCUUGCAGUCGACCUAGCAAUGAAUGUGCACGGAGGGACCGACCAAUAGACUGGGUGUGGGGCUCAAUGCAUCACCAUCCCCAUCCCCAUGUUGAUGGACAGCUCGGAGUUUAAACAGUUAGGGGCAAAUCGGUCUACGCUCCGCUGUACGUCCUCUUCCGUAAAGAUGUUAUGCGCGCAGUCAUCCGCGAGGAAGGGGUCGUGGACGCAGGCGUUGGGAGCUCAUAUAUAUGUUUGCAUGCCAUCGACAGUGAGUAGUUUUUUGUUGGUCUAGCAAUUAAUGGUGCUUCCUGGCCACCCGCCAUGACAGAUCUCUAUAAACAUUGGGGAGAAUAGGAUACCGAAGAAGGUUGGGGCUUCUACAGUACCCUCAUUCCUCUAAUUUGUCAUCGCAUAUGGCUCCGAGCUAUUAUCUCUGGCACGCGUUAGGUCGUCGUGCAUGUUUUUGUCAUCGUCGUAAAUCGCUCCGUGCAUUUGGACUCUAGCACGACAUUCCAGAGUACAUUGCGGUUGACUGAGUCAAAGAUCCUUGUCAGGUACCAAAAUGCGGAAUGAAGAUUGUUCCUCACCUUUGCUGCGGUGCGAUAGUUUGUGUUGCGCAGACUUUUAAUGGACGUCAGGAAGUUUCUUGCUUUUUGCGAUUUGCAUAGCCUCCGAUUUCUUCGACCUUACUAGUCAUUCAAUCAGUGCGUACCUCCGUCAUUCUCUGUUACAUUAGGUCUCAGCAUCGGGAAAGGCUGCUUUACUGGCAUCGGUUAUGCUGUUGGUAUAGGUCGUAUGAAGCUGCCCAUCUCAGAGUACAAAAGAAGAACUUCCUGGUGCAGUCUUCGAACCAGGUCCGGUGCUCUCAACGUGCCCAACCGAGCGCUUCAAGUGAGAUAGUUUGGAUGACGUCUCGGGGCAUUUCCUUUGCAUCUCAGUAGUGGCCUUUUCUUCCUGCAUUUUCAUUUGUUACCGUUUGGGAUUUAAACAAUAGUUAGGAUGCAGUUUGCAUUACGUCGUGCUUAAUAAUUAGAUUUUUUUAUUUACCAAUAGUUCCUUACCAUACAACGGUCCACGAGAUUACAGUCGAGGCAUCAGCGUUGAGACAACAGUUUUGUGGUCUAUUAAACAUCCUGUAUCACAAAUUGCCUUGGCUAUUCCACCCGAUGAGGAUGUUAUUCAACAUUUCGGGUGGGCAGGACCAAUUCGGUAGCCGGUGGGAAAUACGAAUGGAUUUUUCCGGUCAUUUGUUUUUCGUACACGACCCACAACGUGCUUGUAGCCAACUAUAUCACGCUGGUUGGCUUUUAACAGGAAAAUAAAAGACAAACAGGGAAUACAAGUGGUCUUUCCCACAGUGCGGGCUCAAUCCGCCAAUCGCGGUCGACUGAUAGGGAAUCGCUUGAGUUGAUAGCGCUAUUGAGAAUCAGCCCUGUCGUUGGCACAACUAAGCCUUGUUCUCUACCUAGAUCAUAAACUUUUGGCACUUCCAGCUUUUUGCCGAAGUCGUCCCUAGGAGUUGUUACAUCAGGAUUCUCCAGGAUUUAUUCACAUUGUUGUAAACUGUCAAUUUUUAGCACGAACAGUUGCGCUUUAAGUCAUGCUGCAUCCGGCUUUGGCAUCUAAUCACCAUAUUUCACACUAACCCACAUCAAUUUUCAUUUUUAACAGGGGUUGGUCGAUUAACCAACUGACGGUAAAUUGAUUUUUUUGUUCUGGCUGGUUCAUAAGCCUCUUAUUAUUAUGCUUGCACGUCCUAAAUUAUAAAAUGGCCUCAAGUGGUUUGCUUAUUUCAAUAACAACAUUUACAUCUCACGCUCCUCGUGCAUCGUCGUAGUUCACUAUUUUUAAUUCAAGCGUUUGUAGCGGCCGAGGACGUCAAGGAUAACACACCGGGGAGAGACCGUGAUUAAGAUCAAUCUGACUAGACCUGUUAACUUGUCGUAGUAAUCAUCCACACGAAAUGGAAGAAAUAUUAGACAGGCAUAAAAGUAUAAUGGAACGAGAUAAAAACUAGGAAGCCAUAUAUUAGUAGCUAAGUGUGCAAACGGCAUGAGUUACGCAAAGCCGAUGAUUUGAAGCUGACAUGCCUGCCGGUUGGAAUGCAUCAUGUGGGCAACUGCAGGCGGAGUUGUAGAGAGAAAGAGAGAGAAGCGAACGUUGCGGGGAGUUGCGGGGAGGGCUCGGCAGUAACGAGAGGGAAGGGCACCGGUCAUUUUUUCGAUACACAAUUACACCAUCACUAUCCUAGGUCAACGCGGGAAGUGUCAUAUCAUUGGAUAAAUGCAAACAGUUAAUAAAUAAAAUAGAAUAAAAAAUUUAUAAAACACCAUUCGAGGUCCUGUCAUAGCGUUAUACGUCAUCUUUUUACAGACGGCGUGCUCCUUUGUGGUAACGAAGUGCUGGUGAUCAAACCUAGGCAUUCUUGUCUAGAAACAGACUUCUCAGCUUCGAGCAAUUACGACAUUCUCCUCGUAGUUUUCCUUUUCUGCUGGAGAAACUUUAGUCUCAGUUUCUGUUCGUAAACAAAGUUUAUGAGGUAAGCUUCAUGAAAAUUUUGAAUGUUUAGAACCGAAAUUCUAAUAGUAUUUGUGGGGUCGGGCUUCAAAUCUGCUAACUUUUGUUAAAAUUCCCACGGCUACGUCUUAACUCUAAGGCGAGUUAUUAGAAAAUCCUUAUGCAAAACGGAGGAAAAGUAAAUCGCUUACUGCCUAAUUUGUGAGAAGAGGGAUGGCGAAUUUAGUAAGGAAUUUCGCGGCAUUAUGUGGUGCUUUGAUACGACCCCGACGGGUCUUUAAUAAAAAAUUAUUAUUAAGUGACCUAAUUCCGCUUAUUAAGAACUCAGCAGUCGUCUUCAUCAGGUCGUCUUGAUCAAAGGUACUAUCUGGACGAAUUCGCUAACUUUUCAUGCACAACUGAGAAACUAGUCAUGUAGUCCACUUUCAUGGAGCAAUGAUUCUCGGGUUAGGUAUUCAGAAGACGCUAAAACUGUCAGUGAAGGCGCAGUUUUCAGACUCCUGUUCAUUUAUUUGGACCAACGCCUUUGUCCCUGCGGAGGAGGGUUACUGUGACAGAGUUCACCUUAGCGUGAAUGGCGUUCAGUAGUCGAGAAGCGGCCCGACAGUCAGUUCAUCCAGUGAUGGAGCUGACUAUUCAACAUGUUGAACAGCGAGCCUACGGACACAAACCCUUGCCUUGCUGCUGAUUUAUUUAGUUAGCAAUUUACAACUGUUAUCAAAUUCACUCAUUCGCGGAAGAGGUAAAAAGAAACAGUUUGUCAACCAACUCAGAUGAGUUGGCUGCUUUAAGUGGGAUAAUUCUAAAUUUUCUUAAUAAAUAUAACUACGCUACGAGUCAAAGAGUCCUUUAGUCUGUUGUGAGGCUCUCUUCUCCUUCGAUAACCUACCCAGUUGAGAGGGAUAACCAAUUUCCAGUGCAGAAUCCCGAUUGCUUUGUGCGGAUGCAAAACAGUGCUCUAAACCAGAUGCAUUUAUUUCGCUGCCUAGAGGUACUGUCUAGGGUUUGACAACUCGAUGAAUUUCCACUUUUGGGAUGUGAGUAUUAUUAGUGCUCUGGUUGUUACCUGGUUUUGCUAAAGUAUGAUGCUAGAGGUCGAUCGUCAUCAGAAACGUGUUUUUGGUUUCAGUCAAUGUUUUCAAAGAUCUUAUUAAAAAUGCAAAAAUUGGACUAAGAACAUGGCCUAAAAACAAUUCAGGCGCAUAUCAAACUUGAAUUGAGCUCGAAGAUGCAAACAUUAGUGUGCGGAUCGAAGUCGAGUCUGUGAAAAUCCACGAGUUUGAACCCAGUCCGAAAAUGCGAAAUACAUCUUCCAUUGGAACGGCAGUCUAAUGAGGGUGCGGUCCCGUCAAUUUGUGAAGAAGAAUGCGAUUUCAGGGCAGAACAGGCUUAAAUCAAUUCCGUAAGCUCUGUCACGCAUAUUGACUUCAGCCCUGCUAUACAUUUUUUGACAGGACUUCAGCUGUCAGAGGGAAUUGCACACUACCAUUUUCCAGUGUUCCACUGAUUAGUAAUAACAGCAUUAAAGACAAGCCAUAUGUCAUAUAUUGGCGAAGAAUAGUAGGUAAUUAGAAGCGCAUUACCGAGAAAGACAAGAAAGACUAGGAUGGUCAUUUCUGUUGUGUUGGCCGUCGUUGGCCACCCGUACCUGACCCCGAGGUGCGCAGCGCUCAGGACUCGACGCAACGACCUUUUAGUCAGAAGUCCAAAGCCUUAGCCAUUGAGCCACGGACUCGCUGUCCUGUCGGUCGCGAUAGAGCAGAUGCAAUAGGGCCCCCACUUAAGCCCCACCAACAGACACGCAAGGCGUGUGAUAUAGGCAAAAUUCCACGUAACUAAAUAUCUGAAAAAUUGCGGUUGUCGGCCAUAUUACACACCGAGAAAUAGGAGUGGGCUGAAGCAUAGGUAUGCGAUAUGUAUAUGUGCCAAAAAAAUGAUGCAUAUAGUCUAACAUAAAAUUGUUAGCAGACUUUGGGAUCUUGCAAGCUGGAUACGUGCUAAUUGCUCCUCAGCCACCUGUUUAAAACUCCAGUGUGCUUGUGUAUUAAUAUCUUUCUGUGCUGCCCAUGCCUCAGAGAUAAAUUCCGUCUUUCUUUUAAAUAAAGGAUUUAGUGAAAUAUACAAAGGCUACAAAAAACAAAUAUGAAGGACAACUCAUUCACUGGAAAAUGUUUACUUACAGACAUCCCUAAAUAACAUCUUAGACUCAAACAACCUUGACAUUGCAUUUAAAUAUGCUCAUAUGAAAGCGGCAAAGCAAGUUACGAACGCGAUCCUGCCGUUCCCACUUUUGUUUUAGUACGAAGUUUUCGUCUAAUUAUGCGCAUCUGAUGUCAUCUGGAUGUCGGACUUUAGUAUUGUCAGCCUCUUUAGAUAGAACCAAUAUCUAAUAAUAUUUACACACUAAAACUCGGGCCUACCAGAAGCUUCUCGAAAUUCUUAUUUUAUUGCAUUAAUUGACGGUUGUAAGGUAUUUACAGAGAAGCCAGUGGGUUUGAAUCGUCCCGCUUUAUGCCUUAAAUCUAAUUUUUGCGUUAUUUCGAAGAAUUUGAAGUGAAAACACAGGAAUUUCGGUAAUGUGACGCGAUUUUUCUCUUAAUUGAUCGGGACUAUUUUCUGUCAACAGGUGCACCUGUUGUUGUACCAUGGUACAAUGCAAUACAGUUGAGCAAAAAAUCGAGACUACUAGGCGAGAUAUUUUGAUCCGUAGAUAACUUAUGUGCUCUUAUCAGACUGAUUAAGUCAUUUAUCGACUCGAUAGCGCUUCUUUUUGUGUCUUAAGUAUUACGCUCUGAGCAAUGCAGUUUUUGGGUUUUUUAAACUUUCAAGUUGUACAGAAAAGAUGCCUUGUGCUUUACGAUCAAGUUACCUCCGGUCUUAGCCCAUAGUGGUUAUGAUUAAGAUUUUCUAUUUUCCGAAAUAGUGAAUUACGGGUGAAUGAAAUUCCGCUUUCUGGCCUUUUAACUAUUAGACGAAAGAUUUGGAAUUCAAUCGGUUGGCAAUUUCUCACUGUUUCGUGGCGAAAGGAGUCAUGAUCAAUAAACUUUUGAUGUGUUUUUCAUAUCCCUAGCUCGUGUUUUUUGCCUUAUUAAACUCUUACCUGAAUAUUUUGUUUUGACGUUUAUUGAUGUUAAGGGUUGGUUAUGCUAUUAUAAUAGCACAUAUCAUCCAGCAUACUUUAAUUCUCUAUUGCCUUUCACUAACUCUCCUACCGAUGGGACAUAAGAUGGAACCAACGUUAUACUGCGUAACAAAAGCUAGAGAAAACAAACAAUUUCAAAACCUCCGAGAAGAUCAGUGUUUUUUACGCCCAAGUACGCCGUUCGGAACGGUUAAUAAUCUAAAGAUUCGAUCGAAGCACGGUUAUCUCAUAUAACUGAUGGCCUGUCUAAGCGCGUUAUCUCCGUCUUCACUGUUUCUAGAGGAUUCAUAAGCAGCCGAGAAGUCUUCCACUAUUUAAUCGAUGGUCGCGCCGAGCGUUAUUGCAUUCGGAGGCUUUUAAAAAUCGCCUUGAAUUUUCACGUCAACAGAGAAUGCACUCAGCAAACACCUUGCAUAUUUAAAAAGCCUAUUGCUGCUAGAGAACGAAGUUUUCCAGCAUCAGUCCUCUGCAUAGUUUACACUGCGCAUGACGACUUCUGUCAAUAACCUUUUCUAUCUUCUCAUUACGUCAGUUCUUUUUGCUCCAAAUAAAUAAAAGCCAGCACCCAAAUACACUACAAUACUCUCGCAAUGUACUUCCGUAUUGUUUUGCAUGGUCAUGUCGUUUCAACGAUAGACAAAAUUUGCGCUUGUUUGUUUACGAUUAUCGAUAACAUUCUCUAUUUAUUUAAUAGUCCACUACUUGUUUUCUGUUCAUAGAAUGCAGAUGUCCUCGACAUUCUAAGUGGCGGUGAAUUGUUCAUCGAGCAUCCACUUGAGUAUUCUCCCCUAGUUCUUCUUCAAAAUGGUAAAUUAUCCAUUUACAGUUCAGACAGGGUCUGGUUAGAUGAACUUCUUUAUGCUUUUCAGCCGGCAAGGCAAAGUGCGAUUGCAGAAAUGGUAUUCGUCUACAGCACUUAA